AAAUUCUUGCUGCUUCCUUCCCUGCUCCAAUUCCUCCGUGGGGUGCGCAGACUGCACAUGUUUCCUUCUUCCUUCCCUGUUCAGUCGUCCUCCCGCUCCCCCCUCACGGUCACGGCCUCACCUCUCCUCGCCGACGGAAUCGGAAGCAGGGGCUUCUGAUUGGUCAUACUCAUGGCAAUGAUGGUGCCUGAUCUUAGUUUCUCAGCAUCAAUGUCUAGUGUGAAGCUCCCAAGGUACGGGGCAUCAAAGACUGAGACAUUCUUGGUUAAGAGGUCCUCAACAUUCCGUGCAGAAGCUAGGCCAGCGGAAUCUGGAAAAUAUGGUACUAAUGGCCGGGCAACAAAGAUGGUACCAACAACUGAGUUGAGGAGGACCAAUGGUGGUGGUCAUGUAAGAUCGGGUUCAGUUCAUGGUUCUCCAAAUGGCUCUGUCAAUGGCUCGACCAAGGUGUCAAUUAAUGGUUCUGCAAAGGCCAUUGUGAAUGGCUCAACCAAAGCAGUCAUUAAUGGUACUCCGAAGGUGGCUGUAAAUGGUACUAGUCUGGUGAAAAGCAGCACAUCCUCCCUUGUUAAGACGCAGAAGCAAAUGAGACCCAAAGAUGAUCCCUUUCAAGAGGAAUUGAAGAUUUUGCCUUCUGAUGAGGGAUUCAGUUGGGCAAAAGAUAAUUAUAACUCUGUGCAGAGGAGCAUAGAUAUAUGGUCUUUUGUGCUUUCUUUGCGAGUCCGUGUGCUAUUUGACAACGCAAAGUGGGCCUAUCCUGGUGGAUUCUCAGAAGAAAAGCAGAAAGUUCGAAGGCGGAAAACUGCUUCAUGGUUAAGAGAGCAAGUAUUGCAGCUUGGCCCAACGUUUAUUAAACUUGGACAGUUAUCCUCCACUAGAUCUGAUUUAUUCCCCAGAGAAUUUGUGGACGAGCUUGCAAAACUUCAGGACAGAGUACCGGCAUUUUCUCCUGAGAAGGCCAAAGUUUUCAUAGAGAAGGAAAUGGGUUGUUCUAUUGAUGUUGUGUACAAAGAAUUUGAAGAACGCCCAAUAGCUGCUGCCAGUCUUGGUCAGGUACACCGUGCAGUGCUCCACAAUGGAGAAAGAGUUGCAGUGAAAGUUCAGAGACCUGGGCUCAAAAAACUUUUUGACAUCGACCUGAGGAACUUAAAGCUAGUAGCUGAGUAUUUUCAAAGAAGUGAGACAUUAGGAGGCCCUUCAAGGGACUGGAUCGGUAUUUAUGAGGAAUGCUCCAAAAUUUUAUAUGAAGAAAUUGAUUACAUUAAUGAAGGAAAGAACGCAGACAGGUUUCGACGGGAUUUCAGAAAUAUAAAGUGGGUUCGCGUGCCACUUAUCAUGUGGGACUACACAACUGAAAAGGUGUUAACCCUGGAGUAUGUCCCUGGUAUUAAAAUAAACAAUUUGGAUGUUCUUGACAACCGGGGCUAUAGUCGCUCACUAAUUGCAUCACGUGCAAUAGAAUCUUACCUAAUUCAGAUAUUGAAGACUGGCUUCUUCCAUGCUGAUCCUCAUCCUGGAAACCUUGCUGUAGACAAGGAUGGUUCUCUAAUAUAUUACGAUUUUGGAAUGAUGGGUGAUAUAAAGUCGUUCACUCGGGAGAGAUUACUUUCCCUAUUUUAUUCUGUGUAUGAGAAGGAUGCAAACAAGGUUAUGAAAGCUCUGAUUGAUUUGGAAGCUCUCCAGCCGACAGGAGAUCUCUCACCGGUUAGGAGGUCCAUACAAUUUUUCUUGGAUAAUCUGUUGAACCAGACACCAGAUCAGCAACAGACUCUGGCCGCAAUUGGAGAGGACUUAUUUGCCAUAGCACAAGAUCAACCUUUUCGGUUUCCAUCCACAUUUACAUUUGUUAUAAGGGCAUUCUCUACUCUUGAAGGCAUUGGAUACAUAUUAGAUCCAGAAUUUUCGUUUGUCAAAGUUGCAGCACCAUAUGCGCAGGAACUGUUAGACUUGAAACAGAGACAACAACGUGGACCUGCAUUGGUCCAGGAGAUAAGGAAGCAAGCAAAUGAUGCCCGUGAUUCUACCAUAUCAAUGCCCUACAGAAUACAGAGAAUUGAAGAUUUUGUAGGACAACUUGAGUCAGGCGAUCUGAAACUCAGGGUCAGGGUACUGGAGUCAGAACGUGCUGCACGUAAAGCUACUGUUCUUCAGAUGGCAACCAUGUAUACAGCCUUGGGUGGUACUCUCUUGAAUGUUGGGGUCACACUGAAUACUCAAGGGAACCAAAUAAUUGCAAACGGCUCUUUCAUUGGCGCAGGAAUAUUUUUGGCAUUGCUGGUCAGAUCUAUGCAAAGAGUGAAGAAACUCGACAAAUUUGAGACCAUGAUAUGAUCAUUUCAUUUUGUAAAGACAGUGCAAUCGCCGGAUUUACAUGGGAGCUGCGCGUCCCUUCGAGGUUGUCGAUAGCCUAUACGUAGUGUAUAUGUAUAUAGUAAAUGUCAUUCUUUCUGGGAACAACCUAACGUGUUGCUCCUGUAAAUCUGUACAGACUGUAUCAUUCUUUAGCCCGUAAAAGGCUAAGCAUACCGAUCAUCAAGCAGUCGACAAAACAAGGAAAUCAAGAUAGCUGUAACAUACACUACACUAAAAUUAUACUGCCUUCAAUCCUUCAGUCUUGAAAUACUAGGGCCUUGGAUAUAUUCUCA